UAGAGCGGUGCGGAGGGUCUGCAGCUCUCACAGACAGGACUUAACCUGUUGAACCGCCGGUCCUUCUGCACUCCCACUGCCUCUCUUCGUCUGCCAACAACGGGCUCUCCUCCUCCUCCUCCUCCUCCUCCUCUGCCUCUGCUGGACUUUUUUUCUUUUCUUUACACUUUUCUUACAGUUUUUAGGAGUUGGCAUGCAGUUCUCCUAACCUGAGACUGCUGUAAUGAGAUCCUCUGUCCUUGGAUCAGUGUGUGCUCUGCUCUUGCUGUUGCGGGAGCCUGCAUGCCGGGGGGAUGAAGUCACCUCCAGUACAGUGAACCCAUGCUGUUAUUUCCCCUGUCAGCACUGGGGUGUGUGUGUCAGGUAUGGUGAAGACAAGUAUGAGUGUGACUGCACUCGUACCGGCUUCAGCGGAGAAAACUGCACCGACCCGGAGCUUUUGACCAGACUGCGUCACUUUUUCAAGCCCAGCCCUGAUGUGUUGCAUUACAUACUCACUCACUUUCAAUUGCUCUGGGACAUCAUCAACUACACCUUCCUACGGGACGUCCUCAUGCGGCUGGUUCUAACAGUGAGGGCAAACUUAAUACCCAGCCCGCCAACCUACAACUCCAAAUAUGGCUACCUCAGCUGGGAAUCCUACUAUAACCUGAGCUACUACACCCGGCUUCUGCCCCCGGUGCCGAAGGACUGCCCUACACCUAUGGGGGUCAAAGGCAAGGCUGGGAUGCCUGACCCUGAGCUGCUGGUUGAGCGUCUGCUGAAGAGAAGGACGUUCAGACCCGACCCCCAGGGCUCCAACCUCAUGUUCGCCUUCUUCGCACAGCACUUCACCCACCAGUUCUUUAAGACCUACAAUCGCAUGGGUGUGGGCUUCACCAAGGCUCUAGCGCACGGGGUGGAUGCAGGACACGUUUACGGAGACAACCUGGAACGUCAGCUCCGGCUCAGGCUUCACAAAGACGGAAAACUCAAGUAUCAGUUAGUAGACGGCGAUAUGUACCCUCCCUCUGUAGCUGAUGCACCCGUUAAGAUGAGCUACCCCCCCGGGAUCCCUCCUGAGGCUCAGAUGGCGAUUGGUCAGGAAGUGUACGGACUCCUCCCGGGUUUGGGAAUGUUUGCAACGCUGUGGCUCAGGGAGCAUAACCGAGUAUGUGACAUCUUGAAGGUGGAGCAUCCCACCUGGGACGAUGAGCAGCUUUUCCAGACCACACGCUUAAUCAUCAUCGGUGAGACAAUAAAGAUAGUGAUAGAGGAGUACGUACAGCACCUCAGCGGAUACCUGCUGCAGCUGAAGUUUGAUCCCGCCCUUCUGUUUAACUCCAACUUCCAGUAUGGAAACCGUAUCGCUCUGGAGUUCAGCCAGCUCUACCACUGGCAUCCUUUGAUGCCCGACACCUUCCUUAUUAGUGGAGAUGAACUGCCAUACAAACAGUUCCUCUUCAACAAUUCUGUUCUCACACACUACGGCAUUGAGAAGCUGGUGGAUGCCUUCUCUCGGCAAGUUGCCGGCCAGAUUGGCGGUGGCUUUAACAUCCAUGCUGCGGUGACCAAAGUGGCUGUGGUGACCAUUAAGGAGUCCCGCCAGCUCCGCGUGCAGCCCUUCAACGAGUACAGGAAGCGCUUUAACCUCAAGCCGUACACAUCGUUCAGGGAAUUCACUGAUAACGAGGAGAUAGCACGCGAGCUUGAAGAAUUCUACGGUGACAUUGACGCUCUUGAAUUUUAUCCUGGCAUGAUGUUGGAGAGAACACGUCAGGGGGGCAUUUUUGGAGAGAGCAUGGUGGAGAUGGGUGCCCCCUUCUCCCUUAAAGGCCUACUGGGAAGCCCUAUUUGUUCUCCAGUUUACUGGAAGCCCAGCACCUUUGGGGGCCAAGUCGGCUUUGACAUAGUGAACUCUGCCACACUGAAGAAGCUGGUCUGUCAGAACACAAGGACGUGUCCUUAUGUGGCGUUCAGAGUACCAACAGAGGAGCAAUCAAAAAGUGUGAAUGGUGACAGUAAAAUAAGGACUGAUGAGCUAUCCGUUGUCAUGACGACUCUGGAUGACAAACUCCUGGGAGAGAAGCUGCAGUACUACUACAGCAGCAGCGAAGACGAAGGCAGCGACAACGAGGAUGAGGAUGGGGAGAAAAGGACCAUCCGGGACGCUAACGUCGAAGAGCCUGAAAUAGACUACAGCGCCGAUGGAAGUGCUGUCAACACAGGACCAAAGGGUGUCAUCAAUGACUGGAGGAAGUACAAGCAGCUGGAGGUGGAGCAGAAACAAGAGCAGAAGAAAGAGAUGGAGAGACUGAUCAAGAAGCUGUCGAUGAGCUGCCGCUCUGACCUCGACCUGGAAAAAGACAAACAGAAACAGAAAGAGCUUCAGGACAAAAUCCAAGGCAAAAUGACCAUGCAAGAGUACAACAUGCUCCAGGAAGAUGAGGACGACGAAGACUUCCUCCAGCAUUACCGUAUGCAGCGCAUCGAGGAGAUGCGGCGCCAGCUCUGCCGCGGCAAACGCUUUGCGCAGGUCUACGAGCUCAGCAGCGGCGAGGACUUCCUGGAGGCUCUGGACAAGGAGGACAAAAGCACACUGGUCAUGAUCCACAUCUACGAGUCCGACAUCCCGGGCUGUGAGAGCAUGAGCGGCAGCCUGAUGUGUCUGGCUCAGGAAUACCCGCUGGUCAAGUUCUGCAGCGUACGCAGCUCGGCCAUCAGCACCAGCGCACUGUUCAGAGACAGUGCUCUGCCUGCUCUGCUCGUUUACAAAGCAGGGGACCUGAUAGGAAACUUCGUGCGGGUGACAGACCAGCUCGGGGAGGACUUCUUCGCCGUAGACGUGGAGGCCCUGCUGCAGGAGUACGGCCUGCUGCCUGACAAGCCGUCCAGCGGCCCGAAGACGGUUCGCAAUGGAUCCAUCGUACAGAACACUGUGAGCGACGACGACUCCGACCUUGAUAUAGACUAGAGCCAUGAUAUCUACCUUUGUUUGCUUUGGGAACACGUGUACACGGUCUGCAUGGACUAUAGAUGAUUUUUAAGUACGUGGACCCCCGUAGUGAUGACAGAUUGAGCCAGGGUUGCUAUGUUACUACUCAUAAAGCCAGCAUUGAAGAAGAACCUAAAAUAAAUGCACAUAAAAACAUCAUGGCCGAGGGAGUUUCCUCAUGACAUCAAUCCUUAAGUUAUAAUUAAUAAAAGUACAUUUUUGUCAUUAUUAUAGACGAGGACCUGUUAUACGCAGUGAGAAUGAAGUAGAUGUUAGUUUAAAUGUUUUGUUUGAGCUGUGACUGUCGACUAUUUAUUUGUUGUGUUAAUACACAAUCCCUGUUUUGUUUCAUUUGCAUCUUCAUUGUAUUGAAUGUGUUUCACUAUAUAGAAUACAAAUCCUGCACCCCAAACUGACCUUUAGUUAAUUUUAUAACUUUUAUAUGUGCUGUACCAUUUCAAAUAGUGAAGAGAAUAAAGAAAUGUUUGG